AUGGUCAACUCUCUAGAAGUCCUGCUCUUAGGCCUCUUCGCGAGCCCCACCUGGGCUACCUACAUAGAGCCCUACCGUCCUCAAUACCAUUUCUCGCCUGCCCAAAACUGGAUGAACGAUCCUACUGGACUACUAUACCAUAAUGAACUCUACCAUCUUUUCUUCCAGUAUAAUCCAGGGGGAAUCGUGUGGGGAAAUAUGUCGUGGGGCCACGCCACAAGUAAAGAUCUCAGCCAUUGGGAGGAGCAGCCCAUCGCGCUUCUCGCCCGAGGUUUCCCCGACAAUAUUACCGAGAUGUUCUUCACUGGAAGUGCUGUCGCCGAUGUAAAGAACACCAGCGGCCUUGGUACCGACGGAAAGAUCCCUUUGGUCGCCCUGUACACUUCAAAUUACCCCGUCACGCAAACUUUGCCAAGUGGGAAAACAGUAAAAGCCAAUCAACAAUCACAGUCAAUAGCAUAUAGCCUAGACGAUGGUCUGACAUGGCAAACAUAUGACUCCGCCAACCCAGUCAUCCACUACCCCCCAACGCCAUACGAGGACCAGUAUCAGAAUUUCCGAGAUCCAUUCGUCUUCUGGCAUGAACAAACCCACAAAUGGGUCCUCGUCACCGCUCUUUCAGAAAUCCACAAACUUAUCAUCUGGACAUCCGACAAUCUGAAAGAAUGGUCCGUCGUAAGCGAAUUCGGCCCUUUCAAUGCCGUCGGCGGAGUAUGGGAAUGUCCCAAUCUUUUCCCACUGCCGCUUGACGGCAACCAAACGGAUACAAAAUGGAUCAUGGUUGUUGGUCUCAAUCCUGGAGGACCGCCUGAGACUGUCGGUUCGGGAACGCAGUAUUUCAUUGGAGGAUUCAAUGGCACGACUUUCAUCCCGGAUGACGACGAUGUGUAUCCUGGUAACAGCACUGCGAAUUGGAUGGACUGGGGUCCGGAUUUCUAUGCCGCUGCUAGUUAUAAUGGGCUUCCGGAUGCCGAGCAUGUCUCUAUUGGGUGGAUGAAUAAUUGGCAAUAUGGAGGUAUUAUUCCGACUUACCCUUGGCGCAGCGCGAUGGCUACUCCGCGGCAUCUUUCGUUAAGGACAAUUGGGGAAAAGGUCACUCUUGUUCAGCAGCCAAAGGAGAAUUGGGCAUCUAUUGAAACUCAGAAGAAGUAUUCUCGGACUUGGAAAUCUGUUGCUGAAGGGACAGAGGAUCUCGGUUCGCGAGGGAAGACAUUGGAUAUUGAAUUGAGCUUUGAUGAUCGCCAACAAGCUUCUGGGGUAUCUGAAUUUGGAGUUAUUGUUCAGGCUACCGCUGACAAGAAGCAACAAACACGAGUUGGGUACGAUUUCCAGGCUCGGAAGGUCUUUUUAGAUCGUACGCUGUCUGGGGAUGUUUCGUUUGACAAGACCUUUGCGAGUGUUUACCAUGCGCCUUUGGAGCCCAGUGCGGACGGUGUUGUUCGUUUAAGGAUCUUGGUAGAUUGGUCCAGUGUUGAGGUGUUUGGGGGGCAGGGGGAGAGUACUCUAACUGCUCAGAUAUUUCCUAGUGAGAAAGCGACAUAUGCGAAGUUGUUCUCUUCCGGGGGAAGUACCGAGAAUGUGCAACUCGGUUUUUCUGAUUUAUCUUCCAUUUGGCAAUAG